CACAAACUGCUCAUCUUGAUGAAACGGUCUCACUUGUCUCUGCUGAUCUCGGUCAUGCUGUGACUCUUCGGUGCACACUUGCAGUAAAGUCCAGUGAUGGACUCAUACUUUGGUACAAGCACAGACUGGGAGGGAUCCCUCAGGCAAUCGGGAUGAUCGGACCGUUGAUUGCUGCCAUAAUUUUGCCACCGUUCAAUCAGACUAACUUUCAACUUGACAGAACUGAAAAUAUCAUUUCUCUGAAUAUUCUACAUGUUACUAAAGAUGAUGAAGCGAUGUACCUCUGUGGAAAAUCUCGAGUGAACAUUAUUGAGUUUUCUAGUGGAACAUUUUUAUCUGUAAAAGGUGAUGGAGAUGUAAAAGUGUCAGUAUUACAGAGCAGUGUGUUGGAAUCGGUUUCUGCAGGAGCGUCAGUGACUCUGCAGUGCUCGGUUCUCUCUGAGAGCAGAGCAGCAGAUCUCCAAGUGCUCUGGUUCAGAGCUGCUCCACCACAAUCCCAUCCUCAAAUCAUUUACACUCAUCACAACAGCAGCCAUCAGUGUGAGAGCAGCUCUUCUACACACACCUGUGUGUACAGCUUCUCCAAGAACAUCCUCAGCCUCAGUGAUACUGGCACUUACUACUGCGCUGUGGCCGUGUGUGGGAAGAUCAUUUUUGGGAACGGGACACGAGUACACAUGGCUAUGAAUACUUUCACUGAGCAGCAUUUUAAGGAAUUGAUUCCUACUGAUUCUUUAGUGAUCUGCCUUGCUGUAGCUUUGGCACUGUGUGUGGUUGUGAUCUUCAUUCAAGUUAUUUUAAGCUGUAAAAAACAAAACUCUGACCAACAAAGAGUGAAACUUCCACAAGGUUCUAUGAUAACACACAAUCAGGACUGUGAUGCCGUGGAGCUGAAUUAUGCUACCAUAAAUUUCAAUGAAAGGAAAACCAAAAGUGGAAGAGCAAAAAGAGGACAACCUCAAAAUACUGAUUAUUCUGAAGUGAUACACACUCCUGUUAUUUAGCUCUCUGUUAAUUUUUCAUUAUUAAUUCAUAUAAAAAUAUCUACUGUAUGUUUGCUAUUUGUAAACAUUUAAGCAAUAUUUGAGCCAAAUCAAUGUAAAAGCAUUCAGCAUCCUGUAAAAUCGCUUCUGUCAAGGAGUGAGAAAUCAUAAAAAUGAACAAUGCUUAUAAUAGCAUAAUGGUGUGAGAAUGUACUUUUUAACCUGAUUUUUUAACCAAUGCAUAGUUUUAUAAUCUCUAUCAAGAAGGGUGGUCUGUUUAUUUAUUAUCUCGUAUAAGUCUUUUAUUGUUGUGUACUAUGUAUUCUGGUCAAGUUUUAGCUCUCCUUAAGAAUGUUGUAAUAGUCCAAUCUAGAUAUACAUUAUAUCUACAAUAUAUAUCUACUAUCAACAAUUUGGAUUGAUGCAUCAAAUUAAAAAGCACCGAUUUAAAUUGCUCAAGGCAACAAUCACAGUCAUAAACAUUAUUAUUAUUAUUAUUAUUAUUAUUAUUAUUAUUAUUAUUAUUGGUCAUGUUUUUAUAAUUUAGGACUAUGACUAUGUGGAGCUGAAUUAUGCUGCCUUACACUUUAAUAAAAAGAAAACCCAAGGAGCGAGAGAAAAUUGAGGACGAUCUCAAGACAAUGUGUACUCUGAAGU